CUCCGGCAGGCUACUUUUUUCACUGCUGAUGAACACGUGUUUACCUAUUUUUAGAUUCGAUUGGAAAAAAAUGAACUUGUUUUCGGUGGAAAUGAUUUGUGAUUUCGAUAAUAGAUCUGCAUUACUUUAAAAUCAAGACACAAAGCAUCACUGAAAUCGAUUAAAAACAGGUAUGGUUGAUUCUGUUGGCAGUCAAGAGGACGUUGGGCUUUGGGAGGCAUGUGGGGUGUUUGGGUGUGUAGCCCAGGGGGAAUGGCCCACCCAGCUGGAUAUAGCCCAUACAAUCUACCUGGGGUUGGUUGGACUACAGCACAGAGGACAAGAGAGUGCAGGUAUAGUGACCAGUAUGGGGACCAACGAUUGUAGGUACCGGGUCAAGAAAGGCAUGGGGCUGGUCAGCAAUGUGUUUUCAGAGGAGGACCUCCAUAAACUCAAGGGAAACAUUGGUAUAGGUCACACUCGCUACUCCACCCAGGGCGAUUCGGACACCAUCAAUGUGCAGCCAUUCGUGGUGGAAACCAUCCACGGACUUAUUGCUGUGGCUCAUAAUGGAGAACUUGUGAAUGCCAAGAAACUAAAGCAAAAGUUACUCAAACAUGGGGUUGGACUGUCAACAGGAACCGACAGCGAGUUGAUAACACAGCUUUUGACACAUACCCCAGAGUGUGGGGAGCCCCAUGGGGCUAACUGGAUUGGAAGAAUCAAGCGCAUAAUGAACGAGACUGUUAUUUCAUACUCGCUGGUCAUCAUGCAUGAUGACAAGAUCUACGCUCUCAGGGACCCGUUUGGAAACAGACCUCUCUGUCUCGGGAAACUUCUGUCUGUGGGCUCAAUCAAAGACAAUUCUGUGAAAGAUCAGGUGGUUGAUGGAUGGGUGGUGUCCUCAGAGUCCUGCUCCUUUAACAGCAUCGGUGCUAAAUACUACCGCGAGGUGUUACCAGGUGAAGUAGUUGAACUAAGCAAGACAGGCAUAAAAUCGGUCUACAUCGCUCCGCGACCGAACAACAAGCCUCCAGCCACAUGUAUAUUUGAAUAUGUGUACUUUGCCAGGCCAGAUAGUAUCAUGGAAGGUCAGAUGGUGUACAGCGUCCGACAGAGGUGUGGGCAACAGUUAGCCAAGGAAGCCCCUGUGGAUGUGGAUCUGGUCAGUACCGUGCCAGACUCAGCCACACCCGCCGCCCUCGCAUACGCUGCUCAGCUGGGAAUUCCAUAUGGAGAGGUUUUUUGCAAAAACCGUUACGUUGGAAGAACCUUCAUCCAACCAAACAUGAGACUGAGAAAAAUGGGAGUCACCAAAAAGUUUGGGCCCUUGAGUGAGAAUAUCAGAGGGCGAAGGAUUGUUCUGGUAGAUGACUCCAUCGUCCGGGGGGUAACCAUGACCCCUAUUGUCAAUCUACUGAGGGCAGAAGGUGCUAAGGAGGUGCACAUUAGAAUAGCCUCUCCCCCUAUCAAGUACCCUUGCUACAUGGGGAUCAACAUCCCAACACGAAAGGAGCUGGUGGCCAACAACAUUCAACAAGACAAAUUUGCCGAAUACUUUGGAGCAGACAGUCUGCACUAUCUGACGGUAGAGGGGCUCCAACAGGCAGUAGUGGAGGGGAUCAAAGGGGACGGGCUGGAAAACACCGGGCACUGCGUGGCCUGUCUCACUGGAAACUACCCAACAGAUCUAGACUGGUGAGGAGUGAAUCCAACCGUUUGUGGAUGUGGAUUGAAGAAGAAAUAUUCAUUUUUUUUUUUUGUGGCUGUGAUUUAAAAAAAUUUAAGUGCUGGUGAAUUGGAGUGCCAAUUUCUGAACAGUUGUCUCAAAAUAUCUGCUUUGAACACACAUAAUUGUGCCAAUCUUAUUUAUGUAGUGAAUUCCAUUCAUGUAAAUGUAUUGUGGACACUUAGUCCGAGGUCCCUUGAAUGAUAUUACAAUAUCCAGCUCAAAGAUUCAGGGCUUUCUUAUUAUCAGAACAAAGUUGAAAUGCAUGACUCCAAAUUUAUCACUGGUACAUGUUUGUUUGUAUAGUGUACAUUUGUGUUUAGAUAUGUUCUCAUUUGAAUUUUCUUUAAAUUGUGUUGAAAACAAUUGCAAUGUACAAGUUUCAUUAGUGUGUAUGGUUGAGAUGCAAAACUCAACUUCAUAUUUCAUGCAUCAUGUUUUAAUAAUCUCCCAUGAAACCAUAAUUUGAUGUUCACAAUUUUUUUUACAAAAUUGACAGUUUAAUAUAAUUAAGCUCAUUGAAUUUGAUUCACUUUCCUUAAUUAAAUCUUCAGUGAUUAAAUCUACAUCUUCAUACAUGUUAAAGCACAGAGAAAUUCCAAGCUGUAUGAUUGUUUGCAAGGGAGACUUAUCUCUGUAAAUAAAUACUCACUUUACGUACAUAAAUUUUAAUGAUGGUCAUGUUGAUACAAUAUUAUUUAUAUUGGAAAAGUGCUCAAAACUUGUUUGCAUUUUCCAAUUUUUAUGUUAAAUUUACUGGACUACAUUUGUAAAAUAAUUUUUAAAGUUUCAAUAAAUUCAAAUUCAAAAGCU